GCGCACGCAGAAUAGUCCUCCUCUUCUACUUUCUUUUGAGGACUAUGCUGCCCGGCUCGUUCCUAUGCUGGGUACUCAAGCUCAAGGACAAGACGUGUGUGUGGUUUCUUCUCCGUCCGGCAGCGGCGACAUAUCGUCUUCAAGUGGUUCUUCACGGGAUUCGGCGCGUGAGUUCAACAUAGAGGUAUUGGACCCGCUUACGUCCGAGGACUUUGCAUGGCUUCCUCUCCCGACCACAGGCUGCCUGCCGAGACCGCAAUGCGCAACACUAUGCGCUCAUCUCCACACUUACUUAUCCUUCUAUGCACCACCAACUUCGGCGACGGAUGACGAAGUCGCGGUAGGGGACAUCCUUGCGUAUACUACCAAGGUUGCCCGCGAGUUUCGCACGCAGCGGUACGAUGACAACAACGCACCGCUCAUGUAUGUCCGCAUCCAGGUUGGGCAAGCGUCCUGCACCGCUUUGCUGGAUAGCGGCGCGUCUCGCAAUUUCAUGAGUCAAUCCUUUAUGCAAAGGGUUGGCCUUGGCGCACAAGUUCGGAGGAAGGCAAACCCGACGGCGAUCAAGUUGGCGGAUGGGAAAACGCAGCAACUUCUCGACCGAUACAUCGAGGCUGUACCGAUUUAUUUCGCACCUUAUGCAUGCGAACCGGUGACAUUCGAUAUUCUUGACACGGACUUCGUCAUCAUUCUGGGAAUGCCUUGGCUUGCAAGUGCGGAUCACACGGUCAACUUCCAUCGGCGGACUCUUAGCGUCCGUGAUGCCUUCGGCGCGGAAGUGGCGUGUACUAUUCCUCUACCGCACCCUUCAAUUUGGUGCCAAGUGGUGACGGCCAAAUCAUUCAGGGCGACUUGCGGUUACGAGCAGCUCGAGGAGAUCGGCGUAUGUUUCCUACGGACCGUCGCGGUAACCGACGCUUCACCCACGGACUUGUCUCCGGAUCCCCAGGUGGUGCGGUGGCUGGACGAGUUCGCCGACAUCUUCGAGACACCUCCCGGUGUGGUGCCGGACCGGCCGAUCUCUCACGAGAUCAUUCUUGAGGUCGGUGCCGUGCCGCCGAAAGGUUGCAUCUAUCGGAUGAGUGAGGAGGAGCUUGAGGUCCUCCGCGCACAACUCGACGACUUGUUGGCCAAGGGCUGGAUCCGCCCUAGCAGCUCCCCAUAUGGAGCACCAGUUUUCUUCGUUCGGAAGAAGAACAAGGAUCUACGACUGUGUAUCGACUACCGCAAGCUCAACGCGCAAACCGUCAAGAAUGUGAGGCCUCUUCCUCGCAUCGACGAUCUUCUUGAGCGACUGGGCGGCGCGAAGUAUUUUUCUAAGUUGGAUUUGAAAUCGGGAUAUCAUCAAAUCUCGAUCCGGCCGAAUGAUCGCUACAAAUCCGGGUUCAAGACGUGGUACGGGCAUUUUGAGUGGGUGGUCAUGCCUUUUGGCCUCACCAACGCCCCGACGACCUUUCAAGCGACAAUGACCAAUGAGUCCCGUGCAAUGUUGGACCGGUUCGUGCUGGUCUACUUAGACGAUAUUCUAGUCUAUAGCCGGACUUUGGAGGAUCAUCUGGGGCAUCUUCGACGAGUGUUGGAAACGCUCCGCCGCGCCAAGUACAAGGCCAACCACGACAAGUGCGAAUUUGUCCGGCAAGAGUUGGAAUACUUGGGCCAUUUUGUCACACCGCGGGGCAUCAGUCCGCUAUCGGACAAGACUCAAGCCAUCCAAGAGUGGUCGGAGCCUCGGAACGUCACGGAUGUCCGCUCGUUCCUUGGUCUCGCCGGCUACUACCAGCGUUUCAUCAAAGGCUACUCAAAGAUCGCGGCCCACUUGACCAAGCUUCAAUGCGAGGAUCGGCCGUUUGACUUCGGAGAGGAGGCGCGGGAAUCAUUUUUGACUCUCAAAGCCGCGCUAUUAUCUGCGGAGGUCUUGCGGAUAUACGACCCGCUUUUGCUACGCACGUCACUACGGAUGCGUCAGGCUAUGGCAUUGGUGCAGUCCUUGAGCAACAUGAUGGUGUGGACUCUCAACCGAUCCCGCAACCAUCGUCUGUACGGCGAGUUACGACCAUUGCCGGUCCCGUUGAGGCGAAGGGAAGCGAUUGCCAUGGACAUUACCGGCCCGUUCCCCAAGCACAAGACCGGAGUGGAUGGGAUUCUCACGGUGGUCGACCGACUUACCAAGUUCGCCAUGUUUUUGCCUUGUCGCUAUCAUGCCAAGGCACCGGAGUUGGCCGAGGUUCUGUACCCUGGUUGGAUUCGCACCAAGGGUUACCCCAAGGAAAUCGUCUGCGACCGCGACACUCGGUUCAUGUCCGAUUUUUGGUUGGCGCUCAUCAAGCGAUGGGGCUCAUCUCUCAAGCCCAGUUCAGCUCGCCACCCUCAGACCAAUGGCCAGACGGAGAGGGCGCAUCAGACCGCACAGGUUCUCCUUCGCACUCUCAUCCGCUCCGACCAGAAGGACUAGGUUGAGCGGCUGCCGGAUGUC